AUGUCUACCACACCAGAAGUAGUAGAGCAGUGGCAGCCGCCCACCGAGUCACUAGGCAGAGUUCCUUCGGUGACUCGGGGAACAAGCUGUGGUGAACCCAUCCAAGGCGAUUUCCCACUCGAUCAGGUCGUAAUAGACAAACUACCUCUUGGUACUCAAGUCCACAGCUGCAACCGACACGGCGCAUCAGAUUGGACAGUCACCGCAAGAAUAGACACCACACGCGUAGACGGCGAACCAGAAUCGUACUUCUUGAAGGUAGAUGCUACUCUUCCAUCGACAACGACGCAGCUAACGCGAACAAAGUGCGCAGAUGGCGACCAAGGCAAAGCCAUGCUCGAAGGCGAAUACCACUCGAUGUGUGCCCUCUACAAAGUCGCACCCACCUUCGUUCCCGAGCCCCUUGCAUACGGCCUACUCAACGUCUCAAACCCAGACUCCUACUUCUUCCUCUGCGCCUUCCUAGACAUGGAUACCACCCAACCCCCCGACCCAGAACAAUUAUGCAAGAAACUCACUACACUCCACCUCUCCAGCGCGUCACCAACCGGACAAUUCGGUUUCCACAUGAACACCUGUCAAGGCAACCUACCCCAGCAAACAGCCUGGCAAGACACUUGGAAAGACUUCUUCAUCCAGCUCCUCACCGGCGCUAUGAAACUCAACCGCGACAUCAACGGACCAUGGAAAGACCUGCAGGAAUGCACUGAUCGCGUAAUCACGCACGUCGUACCAGCCCUCCUCAACCCCCUCACAUCCAACGGCCGCGUAAUAAAACCCACCUUAAUCCACGGCGACCUCUGGGACGGCAACAUCGGCACCGACACCGCGACAGGCGAAAUCUACGCCUUCGACGCCUGUGCAUACUACGCGCACCACGAGAUGGAGAUUGCGAUCUGGCGCGGGGAUCCUAGUAGAAUUUUGGGUCGGCAGGAGUACACAGAUGCGUAUGUGGAGAUUAUGGGUAAGAGUGAGCCGGUCGAGGGGUUUGAGGAUAGAGGCAGGCUUUACUGUGCUUAUAUGAACUUGCAUGCGAGUGCUUGUCAUGGGGGAGACAGGUUUAGGGAGAAGUAA